AUGGCAAUCACCUACUCGUACCCGCAGUCAUUGCUUGGAAGUUGGGUAAAAUUGGAUCAAGGCCUAAUUAAGACUGGCCUGUUUCAGCCUGUUUCGCUAUACUGGAUGCACCCUGUGUCGAAAAUUCUUACGGAUCCGGAGAAAGCAAGGGAAAAGUUGUUAAAAAAUGACAUGGGGAUAUGGAUUUUGAAGAGAAAAUCAGGUACAUACCAGCAGGAAAUCAUGAAGAGAAGAGAAAAUUCAAAGCUGUACAUACACGCCACAAUAGGGAAAGCAUCGAGACUCUCCGAGUCUGAGAAACCGGUAGAAAUGCCAUAUCUUCAGCCGACCAGGUCUAGGUAUUAUCAUUUCCAACUUGAUGUACUUCUGGAGAUCCAUGUACUUUUGAUAUCCGGUUUGACCACGCCUUCUAGAGUUCUGAGUUAUUUGAAAGUACUUUGGAGACGUAAUGAAGAUGGUGAGAAUAACCAGCCCAAGUUAGACAGCGGUCUGGCACUGGGGUUCUUGUUACUGAUAGCGAAAGUUACGACUGAGUAG